CUCUGACUUAAUGAUUUACUUGAUUAUGUUUUUUAAAGUUUUUGGGCAAACAAAAAAUGUAAAAGUCAUAAUCAUCUAACACUAAGACAGCUUUAAAACUUGUAAUUACAUAGCCUAGUUACAUACACGUGUUCCCAUAAAGACGUCGGUACAAAUGUGCAGACUUUUCCAGGACUUUAAACCAAAUUUCCAUGACCAAACUGAAAUCUCAGUAUAAACAUGAACAUUUUUGAAAAUUGUGCAUAUUGAGAGCGUACGCUGGCUUAUAUUUUGUGCGUCUUUCUUUAAAAACAUGUGAUUAUAACACAUUUCCAUGACUUUUCCCAGACUUUUAUGAUUUAAGUUUUUUCCAUGACUUUCCCAUGCCUGGAAAUAGCCAUUUAAAAAUUCCAUGACUUUUCCAGGUUUUCCAUGACCGUAGGCUACGAACCCUGAAUGUGGGUACACUAAGUUUUGGUUGGUCCACAUCUCCAGUGCCUCCCUCAGCUAUGGGCGUCAACGUUGGGCAAUGUUUUAGUCGUCGAGCAGUCGGUUUGGGUUCAGUUCUGCCCCCAUGUGGUUAAAGUAACCACCGCACGGGAGUUGGUCUCAACCACCAAGGUUAGUCAUUAACCUUCUCUUCUCAGGCACCGGAGAAAGCGGUCUGCUGUCCCGAGGCAUGCUGCCGCUAAGCCGGUACAUCUCACCAUGGCCGACCGUAACCACUGCGCGCGCGAGCGGGCUUUGUCCUUGGAGGACGGGGUCACUGUCGUGUUCCACAAAGUAGACAGCCACGGCACGAACAGCGGCGGCGGCGACGACGACGAGGAUGAACACACGGCCGCGAGGAUCCGCUUGUCGUACGACUACAGCGACGAUGCUGAGGAAGCGAGGGGAGGCGAGCGCUCGCCGGAAGGCGGCGAGAGGAGGACGCUCUGCCCGCCGCCGUGUUGCGUCAGAAGCAGCGGGCUCGCUUCGGCCCCGGACGGAAACGCAGACUCGGAGAAACCCAAGACGUUUCCAGGUCUUGGUUUGUUCUACGCUUUGCUGUCCACAGUUUUCUUCUCCAUCAUUGCACUCUUGGUGAAAACCAUCAAGGGGGUCCACGCCAUAGAGAUCAGCGCCAUACGCUGCUUCUUCCAGAUGAUUUUUACUCUGCCAUUCCUCAUCUACCACAAGACAGGUUUCCUUGGCCCGAAGGACAAACGGAUCUAUCUGGUGCUUCGGGGUUUCAUUGGUUCCAAUGCCAUGAUCCUGCUCUACUAUGCGGUUCAGCAGAUGCCGCUCGCCGACGCCACGGUCAUCAUGUUCAGUAAUCCGGUCAUCACCUCCCUCCUGGCCUGGAUCUUCCUGAAGGAGAGGUGUACGAUCUGGGACUGCGUCUUCACUGUUUUUACCAUCAGCGGAGUUCUCCUCAUCGCCCGACCACCUUUCCUCUUUGGCGAGCAUCGGCGUGGCAUUGAGGGCAACUACGAUAACCACAUCAAGGGCACUAUCGCUGCCUUUGCAGGAGCAGUCGGGGCUGCUUUUACAUUAGUUGUCCUUCGCAAGAUGGGAAGGAGCGUCCAUUACUACCUCUCCAUCUGGUACUACGCCGUCAUCGGUUUCAUCGAGUGCUUCAUCACGGUAUCCAUCCUUGGGGAGUGGAAAAUCCCGCACUGCGGCCGCGACCGCUGGCUGCUGAUGCUGAUUGCCGUCCUCGGUAUCGCCGGCCAGGCCUUCCUCACAAAGGCCCUGCAGAUCGAGAAGGCCGGACCCGUGGCCCUGAUGAGGACUGUCGAUGUGGUGCUGGCAUUCAUUUUCCAAUUUAUUUUCUUCAACCGUGCACCGACCAUGUGGAGCCUGGGGGGGGCGCUGUGCGUGGUGCUGAGCACGAGUGGAGUCGCGCUUCAGAAGUGGUACAGCAACUCCCGCAAGAGCUGAGAAGGAGAAGGGACAACGGCUGAUUUGGUAUUAAUAUUUCCACUUUUGACCUUUUACUACAUGUGAUUCAGUAUUUUACUUGUGAGGAGGUUUCAACUCUUUAAGAGUUAAACGUAGAAUAGAAGGAUAAUCUCGAGGGGUCAGUUAUAAAUUCAAAGAAUGAAAAACUGCCCUCAAACAAAGCAUGCUCCCUGGAGCCGGAGCAGCUAAAUGUAUUUAACAAAGAUUUAAUGUUUUUUAUUUAAUUACAAUGUCUACAACAUAGUGCGGAAAUUUUAUGAGGAUUAUCCUCCGUCCCACUUCCCAAUCCCGUCGGCUUUAACCUGAGUAACAUAGCCAAAGAGAGGUUUACUGCGUUAGGACCAUUCAUACUGUGUUACAUUACUUGGCAAUAAUUGUACUAAAGAAUACUAUAUAUUUAAUUUUAUUGUGGUACGCACGAGGCACUAUCAAGUCUGCAAAACAAUACUAAUUAGGCAGACGAUAUAACGAGGAUCACUAGUCAUUAAGAAAAGGAAAUGUAAUGCAAACCAAAUAAGCAAUAUUAUCACUUCAAUACACAGUUUGUGUAUUAGAAAGAUAACUACAACAAUAAAAUAUCAACAUUAAAAAAAGAUUAGAUAAAUAAAAUAAUAAAUCGGACCCAGGAUGUUGGAGAAAACGCCAAUUAUGUGUUUCUUAAAAUUCAAAAUGGCAGAAAAUGUAAGUAGGCGGAGCUUAGGGUCCCGAGAGGCUUUUUUGUAGAGCAGGUCCAAGUGAACUUGCAUAACAAAGAACUAGCCUUUUAUAACAUAGGGGCAUGAGGGGUGUCGCCGGUCAAACUUUGAGGUGGCGCUAGAGAGCAAUUUUUGAAAGCCGAAUUUCGAGGUCCAUGUCAUCCGUCUAUUUUCACCAAGCCUGACGAGCUCGCCAAAUUUGGUGAGUUUUGGGGUAUGACACGUACCCCCAAUAUGCCCCCAAUGUUCAAAAAUAAGAAGCGGAAUAAUAAGAACCCUAACAAUUUCAAUAGGGUCCUCUCGGACAGGCUUCGUCUGUCGCUCGGACCCGAAUAACAUCAGUUAAAUAAGUUUUAACUUGUUUUUUAUUUUUUAUUUUUUAUUCAGUCAAUCAAAUACAAUAUAAUAUUUCCUAUAUAAUAUACAAAAGAGAAAGACUGAAAAGGUAUAGGUAGAAGCAAAAAAAUGCUUAUAAAUUCCUAUCCUAAAUUGAAAUCAAAAUAAAUCAGAAAAUUAAUAUAAAAUAAAGAAGAGCAUAAAACAACAAAAAAACAAGAAUAAACAAAAUAAAAAACAAAAUAUAUUUAUAUAUACUACCACAUACAUCUUCCAUAUUAAUAUGUUUUUAAUUACAUUUACAACUCUCAAGAAUUGUUUUAUAAAUAAUUCCCAUGAAAACCAAAAAGGAGUUCACCAUUCUUACAUUCUUUUCAACAUUGAAAACGGCUGUACAAUUGACUCGGGGAUCUCUCGUCUAACUGCUUGCAAUGCCCACAUAUGAACAUCCACCAUAAUCCCAUCCAUGACGAAUUGAGUCCUUUGUGAUUUUAUUGUUCUUCUGUCUCUGUUACAUAACAAGAUCAUCCAAGCCACAGUUAUCUUUGAAGUGCCUUAAGCAGGGAACUUUAACCUCCAGCUUCCCUCAGCGGAGCUGCUCCCAUACCAGCAACUUGUUCUCGGCAGCUCUCUGGUGUGAUUGCGCAUAGUUAUGAAUAUGAAGUGGGAUGCUUUUGAAGAAAGUCAACUCGAUAAGUAAGGAUUUUUCAAUGAAAGAUCAACUCUAACAUUGGUUUUAAUGAGGCAGCUGAGGCGUAACUGCUUUCCCCACACGGAUUUCUUCAUUAUCUCAGGAGGAGUGAACUCUAUCCUGUUGGCGCAGACUUAAUGUCAUCUUAAAGCAUCUCAUUAGUGUUCUCUGCAGGUUGAAACAUAUUAUUUUCCACGAGGCUCAAAGAGGGUUGUUGUUUUUGCACUUGUUGUCGAGGGUAAGAAACGUGUCGGUAACCUGCCGCAAUAAUCCAACGCGUGAAGAGAGAACACGAGAAUCACUUGAUGAUGACCUCCUCUUCCCCGAGAGGAAACGUGAGAGACGAAAUAACAUCAAAACAUCGCAGGUUGAUGAAUAUAAACAUAACCGGCAGCAGUCGGUUGAAUACCGAAGUCAUGAAACCAUUACACGUUGUCCUCAAACUAUAACGCCGAUGUUUUAGUUCCUGUGAUCGCGCCAGUGACUCAAAACAGCCGUCGGUGGUUCUUGUUGUGCCGCGUCGAGGACGUCUGUCCGUCAGCCAUUCGUGGGUCAGUUGGAUCAGGCUGAGAAAUAACCAGUCAGACAAAAAAAAAUAGUCUUGAAAAUGUAUCGCGUUAUAUUUAAAUAUUUAAAAAACAAAAAUACUUUGUGUUAAAAGCACCGUUGUUUUCCUUUUUAUUUCAAGGGAUGUGGGUUUCUAGCAUUGCAGCCUGUGUGUGUGUGUGUCUGGUGUAAAUCAGCCAGUAUUUAUUUUAGCAUACAUCAAGGGGUUUCCCACUGUCAUGACUGGUGAAGUCCCAGUACAACGGCAGUCCUGUGUGCUGGGAAUGCUUAAUUGGGUUGAAAUACAGCUACCAAAGGAGGGCAAUGGUGCUGCUCGGCUGCGAUUUAGUAUCCUGCACUUUCUUCCUUUCACACCCUGUAGUUUCUGCUCUCUCGGGGUGAGAACUGUCGGCACAGCUGCAUCAUCACAGCUGCAUCAUCACACUUUUACAGCCUCCGUUUAUACUUUUGUCAUCUUCUAUUUCUCUGUUAAUAAGUGAAACCGAUUGCAAGAAUAAUAUUUAGAUGUACAAGGAAAGUGUGUGCUGGAGAAAGCUCACAGACUUUUCACUCUCCUUUGAGCGCUUAUUUGCUGUGGUUAUUAUGAUCACGACCGAUAUUAUAUUUUAUUACCAAUACCAGGUAUACAUGUGAAUAUAAAUCAGUUUGUGACAUUCUGAUCAUAAUUAUUAGUUUUAAAGAGUUGGAUUUAGUGAAAUGAUUAAUUGGGAUGUGAAUAAUCUUUAAAGUGAUGAACAGUGAAAAAGUGUAAAAUGAAGAAACUCACACGUGAUCCCAGUAUUCUACUUCAGUGUGGAGGAAAGGGAGUAAAGGCACUGUGACGUUUUAUUUAAUUAUUUUCCAAAGUACGGUCGACUUCUGGUCACGUAAGAUGUCGAGGGGCUAAUUUUACACUCUUUAAAUUUGUUUUGACAUUAAGUUUGACCUCAGAAUAUUAAUUUUAUUAACUUGAAUGCUAGUAGCUUAAGCAUAAUAUGUUGUAUUUCCAUCAAAUGGUAAAAAAAAAAAAGAAGUUAUUUCAAGACCUACAAGCCUUACAAAAAGCAGCUGUUCUGGGUUUUUUAAACUGCUUUCUUUAAAAGUAUUUUUCUGUCUAUUUCUUUAAUGUAUCACAUCAACAUAUUCUAUAAGAUGUAUAUAUUUCUCCAUAGUGAUUCUAUUUAGUAUACUCUGAUUUGAUAAUAAAUUCUGUAUGAAUAUUCUCA